AUGCAGGCCUUCUGGACGAGGGACGGUAUCGAGGUGGCCGCCUGGGACAUCGAGCGACAGGCCAGGGCGCUGGCGGCCCGCCACCCGCUGCUGAGGCACGACCUGGACCACCUCCAGAAUGACAUGCUGCAGUUCCUGCGCGUCGCGGGCAUGUUCUCGUCGGAGAAGUCCAUCUACCUGCGCAAGGUGCUGUCGGGCGAGCUACUCGAGGACUGCUACGCCUUCAUGUGGGAGCACCAGGAGUGCUUCGUGCUGAUUGAGGACUACAUCAAGACCUUGAGGAACGAGUUCAGCGAGGAGGAGGAGUGCGGCUACGAUGAGAUUGCGGGGAUCCGGUUGCAGAGGAGGAAGCUGGAGGAUGCGACCGAUGUGCUGAGCUUAUUUCUACUCCUGGUCACAAUAAUAAAGGACCAAGCCGACAAAGCCCCGAUCAUGGCUCAGGUGUAUGCCCUUCGAACCCGGCUACGGGGUCGUGGAAGAAAGGAUCUCGAGCCGCUCCUUGGGAAAUUCAUUUCUCGUGCCAACGUACAGUGCGACCUGAUCAGGCAGGAUCUUGCAUUGUGGCUACCGGAUUCUAUAGCGAAUUCUGUGACGUUCUCAAAGAAUUUCAGUCUUGCUGAUAGCACGACUACUAUUCCUUUCCACCUGGUCCGAAAGUUUGCCCUGGAUGUUCUUGAUAUAGUAUACGAGAAGAAGAAUGACAUGAUAGUUGUCCCUCAGAAGCUCCGCUCACCGCAGAUCUUCAUGCUCAUUGACAAGGCGCUGGUUGUCGACAUGCCACCAAUCAGCAUCAGGGAACCAUUCUACGCCAAUCUAUUAUUCCCCGAGGUGCCGCUGCCUUCUCAGCUGGCCAAUGACCCUAGUAGAGCUCUCACUGCCACACUAAAGCACCAAAUAUCCUUUGACGAUAGUAACUCUGGCCAUAUCCAAAGUCUAGACGUGGCUGAUGGACUGGUCAUAAUGGCCAAUAUACAUAACAGAACAUUAAUCAGCUAUAACUUAAAGACAGAGAAACAACAAGAGUACAAGGUCGGAUCUCCCUUUGCCAAAUUUACCCCGUGGAGGGUAGAACUGUGCCCCUGGAACUCUAGCUACGUGUUCAUCACAGGCUGGUGGAAGGGCAAACCCAACGAGAUGGUGACGUACAACCUGGAGAAUAACAGACGCCUGUCGGUCCGCCGCGCCAUCUCCACCGCUUGCGUAAAAACGAGCGAGGGCGGCGUGGCCGUCAUGUACCAGCUCGUGAGCGGCAAGGGCGGCAUAGAGGAGCAAUCCAACAUGAUUAGGGAGCCGCACAAGGGACAUCCCGAAAUGGCUGAACUCUCCGCUAAUAUACUCAGCGAGAACGAAUCUCAGAUGCUGAAGCCGCUGCACGGCACAUGGUAUGCAAAACUGGCAACCAAUGGACAGGACAUCGCCGUAGUUGAAGAGCACAACGGGUUUUUCCAUCUCAUCAUCUUCGACUCCGGCGCCUUGCUGGCGAGCAAAGACAGCGAGGAUCCUCCGUCGGAGAAGAAACGCGUCAUUAUCGGAUCCGAGCUUCUCAGGGACCCCUCGUACAAGUACAGCAAGCUUUACGCGGCAAGCGACUAUGAAGGAUAUACGCUUGCCAGUAUGGCUCUGAGCCUCGACAGCAACUACGCGGUACUCGUCUGGUCGGUUCCCAAAGCCGACCUGCGCUACCACCAUGCCACGGUGCAGAUAUGGGUAGUAGACGUUGAGUCGGGACGAGCGGACCAUAUCGCCGUGCCCGGGUUGACUGACCCGGCAAAUGUGUUUAUCUCGCGGGAUUGUCGAUAUGCCGUGAUACGAAACAUCACUCCCUCGCUUGUGAGCAAGGAAAAUGAAAAGUUAGUCCAUAUACUUGAUCUGGAGACGAGGAAGCUGGCCGCAGUUGUGGGUGAUAAAGACGAGCCCGUGGUUGCCUGCGGCUUUGGACCUGGUGCCAAGGAAGGCGCCUAUGCUUUGGCUCUGGCUUUCCAGACACGCGUGGAUAUUUAUGAAUUGAGGUAA